AUGCCGCAUCGUUACCUCUUCCCCAUCUUCGGCUCUUCUUUGUGGUUGGCAUCCAUUGCGUUGAUGGUGCAGCCCUUGAUAUCUACAGCUGCUACAUACAGGAGACCUGUAGCUGGAGGGAAAAGACGAGGUUUUAUGGAAAGGACGCUAAUUCUUCUAGAUGUGAACACGCGGAGUCCAGUUAAGAUUUUAAAUGAGAACUUCCUUUCCUUACAGUUGGAUCCUUCUAUCAUUAAAGACGGAUGGCUGGACUUCCUAAGCUCCAAACGUCUGGUGACACUUGCUCGAGGACUCUCACCAGCCUACCUGAGAUUUGGAAGCAAGAGAACAGAUUUUCUUCAGUUCCACAACCUGAAGAAUUUGGCUAAAUUCAGAGGCCCAGGCCCAGACUACUAUCUGAAGAACUAUGAGGAUGAUAUUGUGAGGAGUGACAUCGCCUUGGACAAGCAGAAGGGCUGCAAGCUGGCCAACCACCCAGAGAUGAUGCUGGAGCUUCAGAGAGAGAAGGCGGCCCAGAUGCAGCUGGUUCUCCUGAAGGAGCAGCUCUCCAGUAUCUACAGCAACAUCACAAUAACAGCCAGGUCUUUAGACAAACUCUAUAACUUUGCCGAUUGUGCCGGCCUGCACCUGAUCUUCGGGCUGAACGCCCUGCACCGCAAUCCCGACAACUCCUGGAACGGCUCCAGUGCUCUUGGACUGCUCAAGUACAGCGCCGGCAAGAAAUACAACAUCUCCUGGGAGCUGGGCAACGAGCCCAACAGCUACCGCACCAUGGUGUCCCGCACGCUGAACAGCAGCCAGCUGGCCCAGGACUACACCCAGCUCAGGACCCUGCUGCAGUCCGUGCGCUUCUACAGCCGGGCCAGCCUGUACGGGCCCAACAUCGGCCGCCCCCGCAAGAACGCCCUGCUGCUGCUGGAGGGAUUCAUGAAGAAUGCUGGCUCUGUCGUUGAUGCAGUUACGUGGCAACAUUACUUCAUGGACGGGCGAGUGAGUAAGGUGGAGGACUUCAUGAAGACCCGGCUGCUGGACACGCUGACGGAGCACAUCACUAAGGUACUGAAGGUUGUGAACACACACGCUCCCGGUAAGAAGGUGUGGCUGGGUGGCGUGGGACCAGCCUGGGCGGCGGGAACCAACAACCUCUCAGACACGUACGCUGCUGGAUUCCUAUGGCUGAACACUCUGGGCAUGGCUGCCAUGCAGGGGAUCGAUGUUGUACUCCGACAUUCCUUCUUCGACUACGGGUACAACCAUCUGGUGGACCAGAACUUCAACCCUUUACCUGAUUACUGGCUGUCCCUGCUCUUCAAGCAGCUGGUGGGUCCCCGGGUCCUGGCGGUCCACGUGGCCGGCCUGCAGAGGAAGCCACGCCCGGGCCGCGUGAUCCGGGACAAACUGCGCAUAUACGCCCACUGCACCAGCUUCCACAAUCAUAAUUAUGUGCGAGGAUCCAUAACCAUCUACAUCAUUAAUCUGCACCGGUCCCGAAAGAAAAUCAAACUAGCCGGGACCUUGCGCAACAAAACAGUUCAUCAGUACCUGUUGCAGCCAUUGGGAGCGGAUGGACUCCAGGCCAAGUUUGUGCAGCUGAACGGGGAGCCUCUGGUCAUGCUGGACGACGAGACGUUCCCCGAGCUGAAGCCACAGACGCUGCGCACGGGCCGGACGAUAGCCCUGCCCCCCAUGGCCAUCGGCUUCUACGUCAUAAAGAACAUCAACGCCUACGCCUGCCGCAGAUAA